UCAGUUUCCCUGCGGUAGAAGGGAGCAGACAGGGCAGGAUAUGGAUUUUAGGACUGACCAAAGGCACCAAGAGGCACCACGGCACAUCAUCGUCACCUCGGUCGCCGAAUAGGACAGCCACGUGAAGCCCUGUCCUGACGCACCCCGCCGGCUCCCCCACAAACCCUCCUCUCCUUCCAGCCCCUGUGCCACCAUGGUGGGUCUGAAGCCCCCCGAGGUGCCCCCGUCGGCCACCGUGAAGUUCGUGAGCGCGGGGAUGGCGGGCUGCAUCGCCGACCUGUGCACCUUCCCCCUGGACACCGCCAAGGUGCGCCUGCAGAUCCAGGGCGAGGUGAGGAUCCCCCGCACGGUCGGCUCGGUGGAGUACCGGGGCGUUCUGGGCACGCUGAGCACCAUGGUGAGGACGGAGGGAGCGCGCAGCCUCUACAGCGGGCUGGCAGCCGGGCUGCAGCGCCAGAUGAGCUUCGCCUCCAUCCGCAUCGGCCUCUACGACUCCGUGAAGCAGCUCUACACCCCCAAGGGCGCUGAGAACACAAGCAUGGCUACGCGGCUCCUGGCCGGCUGCACCACGGGCGCCGUGGCCGUGGCCUGCGCCCAGCCCACCGACGUAGUCAAAGUGAGGUUCCAGGCCAGCGGGGCCCAGUGGGACAGCCCCCGGCGCUACAGCGGCACCGUGGACGCCUACCGCACCAUCGCCAGGGAGGAGGGCGUGCGCGGGCUCUGGAGAGGGACGCUGCCCAACAUCGCCCGCAACGCCAUCAUCAACUGCGGCGAGCUCGUCACCUACGACCUGCUCAAGGACGCGCUGCUGCGGGCGCAGCUCAUGACAGACAACGUCCCGUGCCACUUCGUGGCCGCCUUCGGCGCCGGGUUCUGUGCCACGGUGGUGGCGUCGCCGGUGGACGUGGUGAAGACGCGGUACAUGAACGCCAGCCCCGGGCAGUACCGCAAUGCCCUGAGCUGCCUGCUGGCCCUGCUCAUGCAGGACGGCCCCGCCGGCCUCUACAAGGGCUUCGUCCCGUCCUUCCUGCGGCUGGGCUCCUGGAACGUGGUGAUGUUCGUGUCCUACGAGCAGCUGCAGCGCCUGAUGGUGCUGGCACGGCCGGCGCUGGCCUGAGCCCCCGGCGCCCCGGGCCGCCCGGCGAGGCUCACAUCGAUUACAUUAAUCGCAUCCAUUCUAUUCAUUGCCGGAGCGCCGGGGAGCAGCGGAGCCACGGGCCCGGGGAGGG